GGAUUGAAAGUGGAUUUCGAUAAAAUGUUCGACCACACGCUGCUCACGGGGGUUUUGGCCACCGUGGUAUCGUUUGUGCUGGGUUAUACGUUGGCCAAAGCUCCACGGGGCGGUAACAAAAAGUCUUCCACCGCCGACACGGACAAUGCUACGGAAAACGUGUUUGCCGAUAUCGGUGGCGAGUACAAGAUGGUGCUGGUCGUGCGAACCGAUCUCAAGAUGACCAAAGGCAAAAUUGGGGCCCAGUGUGGUCACGCCGCCGUCGGUGCGUUCGAAAGUGCCAUGAAGAAAACACCGGGCGCCGUGCGGAAAUGGCAGCACAGUGGGCAGGCCAAGAUUGCGCUCAAGGUGGACAACGAAACGGACAUGAUGGAGAUUUAUCGUACGGCGAAGGCCAACAAUCUAAACUGCUGCCUGAUCCGCGAUGCCGGGCGGACACAGAUAGAACCUAACAGUAAAACCGUGUUGGCCGUUGGGCCCGCACCGAACGCGGCGGUGGACAGUGUUACGGGGCAUCUAAAACUACUGUAAUGAGCUCGAAU